AUGAAACUUUUUCAGUGGACUAAAACACAUCUUAUAAAGGUAACAUUUUCAGUGGUAGCAACAUUAUUAAUAAUACAGUAUUGGCGUCAGGUUACAUUAGAUUCUCAUCAAUUUGAACCAUGGUUUUUUGGUAAUUCAUCAAAAAUUAAAUUAGGAUAUCCAACAGAAAAUUUGACAAUGUAUGAGAAAUUUGAUGAGUUUUACAAUGGAACUUACACUCAGAAUAGCACAUUGUAUUUUACUAAAAAGUUAACAGAAAACAUCCCUCUUUGUCCUCCUGUACCACCUAAUUUGAAAGGACCCAUAAAUAUAAGAAAAAUGUUUCAAAAUUUUUCCGAUGUGGAAAAAGAUUUUGAGGGUUUAGAGACUGGAGGUGUAUUCAGACCGAAAGAAUGUAAACCUAGAUAUACAGUUGCUCUAGUCAUUCCUUAUCGUAACAGACCUUAUCAACUAGCCAUUUUCUUAAAUAAUAUUCACAGAUUGUUAAUGAAACAACAAAUUGAGUACAGAAUAUUUGUUAUUGAACAAGAUGGUGAUGAUCCGUUUAAUCGAGGUAAACUUUUAAAUGUUGGAUUCACAGAAGGGUCAAAAAUUAAUGAUUUUGACUGCUAUAUAUUUCAUGACGUAGACCUUAUUCCAGAAGAUGAUAGAAAUUUGUACACUUGUCCAGAACAGCCGAGACACAUGUCAGUAGCUGUUGAUAAAUUUAAUUACCGUUUGCCUUACAAAGGAAUUUUUGGAGGUGUGUGUGCAUUAAGUAAAGAUCAUUUUAAACUCAUUAACGGUUUUAGUAAUUCUUUUUGGGGUUGGGGAGGGGAAGAUGAUGAUUUAUAUAGUAGAUUAAAAAGAAAAGGUUUGCAUGUAUCUAGGUAUCCUCCUACAAUUGCUCGAUAUACUAUGUUACCUCAUGCGAAACAAACUCCAAAUCCACAUAGGUUUGAGCUAAUGGAUAAGGGUAAGAGAUCAUAUGAUAAAGAUGGAUUAAUAAAUCUUAAAUACAAAAUAAUAUCUUUUGAAAGUAAAAGACUUUACACUUGGAUACUCGUUGAUUUGCAACCUCCAAAAUGGUGGCUACUGAAUUUUUUUAGACUUUGGAGAACUUAA